UUACUUUACAUUCCAGACUUUAUUGACUUAUACUCAACAUUGAUUUUAUUUUUUUAUAUAUAUAUAUUUAAAAAAUGUUUAGUUUAAUGUUUGUUUUUACAGCACAAUGUUAUGAAAACGUUAGAAAUAUUUGAAGGUGUAUUAAUAUGUGCCAGUGCUGUAUCGUGUAUUUCAGUGACAUUGCAGGGAAUUUGUAACCUUGGUGUGGGGGAUGGGCGCAGUGGUUAGGUAACCUUUUGUGUGUCGUCGUUUCAAUUUGUUUAGGUCGUUUUUUAAAAAAAGAAGCCGCUUAUAUAGGUUUAUGAAGUACGAUUUUUGUACAAUUAUCUUGAUGUUAUAUGGUCUUUUAUUGUUUGGUUGAACCACAAAGGUGUGGUGUGAUAGUUUAAUCUUUAAAACAAUAGUUCGAUCUUUAAUCAUUCCCUUGGACUGUAUUUGUUAACGUAGUUGUGUAGAUAUUUCGGUUGGAGCUUGAUUUAAUCAGGCUUUGGAUGAGGUUGUUAAUGAAAACUGCUGUGUCAUUCAGGCGUUGGUUUCUGUGACCUUAUAGGUGUUCGUGUUAUUGAAGGUUGUUUUUGUUGCUGUUGAAAGAUGUAAACGAUGGCUUCAGCACAAACAUCGUUUAGUUAAAUUAACUGUAAGGCCUGAUCUGCGCCCUUUCACAGCGUGUAACUGUGGGUCGUGGAGGCCUCGUUUUACAGGCUUGGCUGGUCUGACUGUUAAAAUUGUGGUGCUUUCUUUACCAAGUGUUGGGGAUCUUACACCGUUUGCGCGUGUAAAUCUAAUAUACAGCGUUUUACAGGUUUUUCUUGACAUUGUGUGUUUUGAGUUGAGGAUUAUUUGAUCAUAUUACUGUCUCUCAACGUGCUUAAAGAUGGCGGUUGUGCUUCUUUUCCCUUAGAUAAAAAUGCGGAUGUACUGUUUAGUACAACGCUCGUGGGAAGAAGCCCUUGGCUCUUCGAGGGUACGCGUGACUGGAUGCAACAACCAAUAGGCUUCAUGGUAUUUACCCUGAAAGCCCGCGUUACAGCAGCUUUGACCAAUACCCGUCGUCGCUCUCAACACGUUGACGUAAUGUAAUAGGAUAAGGAGCAGGCUGGCUUCCUUGCCCUCGCUUUCUGUGGAGGAUAAUAUGGCGGAGCCAGUUGCAUACAGUAUAUCUUAGAGGCUGUAGAAGGGUGGACCAAUAGUGUUGUGCAACUUAUUUGACGGACAGGAAAAUCUUGCGAAUAGGCUGACCUGAAUUGCAGGUUGUGGAGUUUCAGUAUCCAGGGGUGUGGUCAUUUUAACUGACGUCGUGAACAGCCAGUAGAAAUUCAAGGGGCGGGGACGUUUUGGGGUAGUGUGUCCAAUGGGUUUUGCGACGGGUCUAUAAAAAGCCGGGUGUAGUCGCAUAGUCGCCAUUUCAGCGAAGCAGAUUUGAAAGAGAACGCCGUGGCGGGGAACGGAGAGAUCUGACGACUGGAGACGGAUCCUGGUUUGAGUGUAGCUAAAAACAGAAUCCGGAUCCAUCCCGAUGGAAAUGGCUGUUAACCCGCCCAUUGACAGCUCCCAUGUUGGGCCUGAUGCCGGUAUGUUGGGAAUAAUGAUGGAUCAGAACUGUGGCACAGCUGGAAAACGCAUCCGAAAACCUUCACUGCUCUACGAGGGCUUUGAGAGUCCUGGAAUGCCCCCCCACAGCCAGAUGGCCCCUUCCGGGCCCCCGCAGCCCCCGGUGAAGGACCCCAACCGCCAGGGGAGGAUGACCAACCAACUGCAGUUCCUGCAGAAAGUCCUGCUCAAAUCUUUGUGGAGGCACCACUUUGCCUGGCCUUUCCACGAACCCGUGGAUGCUGUCAAGCUCAACCUGCCGGACUAUCACAAGAUCAUAAAAACUCCAAUGGACAUGGGCACAAUUAAGAAGAGAUUAGAAAAUAACUACUACCGCAGUGCCAGUGAGUGCAUGCAGGACUUCAACACCAUGUUUACCAACUGCUACAUUUAUAACAAGCCGACAGAUGACAUCGUGCUGAUGGCUCAGUCUCUGGAAAAGGCGUUCCUGCAGAAGGUGGCUCAGAUGCCUCAGGAAGAGUUGGAGCUGCCUCCCCCACCUCCACGUAGCAAGUCAGUAAAAAAUGGCAAAAAAGGGAAAAACAAUGCAGUCUCUGGAGGCGUGACAACAGCUCAUCAAGUCCCAGCUGUCUCUCAGUCAGCAUACUCGCCUCCCACUCCAGAAACGCCUGACUCAAUCCUCUCCACCCCACCACAAACCAUUUUGUCCAAGAGCAUGCCUCACACCUUUCAGACUGAGCAGACCAUGCCCACCAUCACAGGUCUCCUGCCCACCCAGCCCACGGCUAAGAAAAAAGGUGUGAAGCGGAAAGCGGACACAACCACUCCGACCACCGUACCCAUGCCUAUAAUGAGCACGAUGGGCGUUAGUGGCAUGGGGCUGGGGCACAACUCACCGCUAACCCUGACCUCUCUGAGGGUGGACCACAACAGCGGAAUGGGCAUGGGGAUGGGGAUGGGAAUGAAUAUGAACAUGAAUAUGGGCCGACCAGCAGUGGUUGUGGGCACCAAAGGAGCAGGAGGGAACAGGAGGGGAGUGAGCGGACGACCCAUCAAACCUCCUAAGAAGGACUUACCAGAUUCUAUCCUGCCGCCGCCUGUGCGCCGCAGCAAGCUGAGCCCACAGAUGCGUUACUGCAGCGGCGUCCUGAAGGAGCUGCUGUCGAAGAAGCACGCUGCGUACGCCUGGCCGUUUUACAAGCCUGUCGAUGCCUCGUCGCUCGGUCUUCACGACUACCACGACAUCAUUAAACAGCCCAUGGACCUCAGCACCAUCAAGCGAAAGAUGGAUGGCAGAGAGUACCGUGAGGCGCACCAGUUCUCCGCUGAUGUUAGACUGAUGUUCUCCAACUGCUACAAGUACAACCCUCCUGACCACGAUGUGGUGGCCAUGGCCAGAAAACUCCAGGAUGUUUUUGAGUUCUGUAUUGCUAAAAUGCCAGAUGAGCCUCCAGCACCACCUAGCUCUUCCUCCUCUUCCUCAUCCUCUUCAUCCUCCUCUGAGAGUGAGCUCAGCAGCGAGAGUGAGGAAAGCGACAGCAGCCCAAGCUCCGACUCUGAGGAGGAGAGGGCGAACCGUCUGGCAGAGCUGCAGGAGCAGCUAAAAGCUGUUCAUGAGCAGCUCACCGCACUCUCCCAGGGCCCCAUCGCCAAACCCAAGAAGAAGAAAGACAAGAAGGACAAAAAGAAGAAGAAAAAGGUUGAGAAAGAGAAGCACCGGAGGAUAGAGGAGGAUGUGACACCUGUCAGGCCGCCCAAGACCCCGAAAAUGACCAAAACUCCAAAAUCUAAGAGCAAGAGUGUGCCCUGCCCCGUGAUGCCGAUGAAGAAGGCACCGAGCAAGAAAAACAACAAGAGCAAAUCCAAAAAGGCCAACGUCAUCCCGCAGGUGGCCCACGAUCCCCUCGUGAGCCAUUUUGACUCAGACGAAGAGGAGGAGACGGUGCCUAUGUCGUACGACGAGAAGCGCCAGCUCAGCCUGGACAUCAACAAGCUGCCCGGCGAAAAGCUCGGCCGCGUCGUUUACAUCAUCCAGUCCCGUGAGCCGUCGCUCCGAGACACCAACCCCGAGGAGAUCGAGAUAGACUUCGAGACGCUGAAGCCGUCGACGCUGCGGGAGCUGGAGCGAUACGUCAUGACGUGUCUGAGGAAGAAACCCCGAAAGCCAUACACGAGUAAGAACAGUGCAGGAAAGUCGCGGGAAGAGCUCGCUCUGGAGAAGCAGAUGGAGCUGGAGAGAAGGCUGAUGGACGUCAGCGGUCAGCUCAACUCUGGAAAGAAGCCGACGAAGACCAAACCCGAGAAGCCUGCAGCCGACACCCACACCCAGCCGUCGCGUCUCAGCGCCAGUAGCUCCUCCUCUGACUCUUCUUCAUCAUCCUCUUCGUCCUCGUCCUCAGACACAAGCGAGUCAGACUCUGGCUGAGAGACAGACUCUUCAUAUGAAAAGAUGUCCCGCUGGACUCUUUUCUCCCCCGAGUGGACUGAACUGAUUUAAAGCUGCUGACGGAGCUGCAGGAAGGGCCAGCGAGCCCGGCAGAGAUGGAGCGUUCCCGGCGCUCAGCUCCCACCUGAAGGAGGUUCCUGCUCUCCUCCCUGAAGAACCGGCCUCGGCGGGUGGAGCGAGGGAAGCUCCAUCUCCUGCACAUAAAGAAGAUCGAGGCGUGCGUUGGAGGGAUAAGGGUGCUAGAGCCAGAAUGUGUCUAAUUUCUGGAGAUAAUUUUCCCUUCUCACCGUGCUCCCUGUCUUUAUGCUGUAUAGACGAGGUGUACAGUUCUCAAUACAUUUCUUUUAUAAAGAAGCAUUUUAUGGAGCUAAUUUAUUCCCUCAUUGUGGGAACAAUGAAACUGGCAUGAGCGAAGUCGUUUUUGUUUGUUUCGUUUUUUUUUUUCGAGUGGAUAAAGAGGGGAAAUGUUUGUGUGUGUGUUUCUGUGCGAAUGACAUCGUGACGUUCUUCAUAGUUUUGACGCAGGCGUUGAAAAAGUGGGUCUGCACACAGAAGCACCUUCAGAACGCAUGAGAUACAGAGGAGCUGACGAACAUCUGCACACAUCUGUUGGAGGGGCAUGAAUGUUUCUGUGUCGGCUGUUUUCUCAUCCUUUUCUCUGUAAACGUGUUGCUUUUUCUAAUGUGACCAAUCUGCUAAUAAAUUGUGGGGGCGUUUCGUCCUGUGCUCAAUAACAUCUGUUCCUCUGAUUUCUUUAAUUCAGUCACAAAAACAUCGGAUCAGAGAGGUUUCAAAUCCAGAAGUUUGUCUUUAAACAAUCGGCCUUCGAGAUCGAUGGCAGCUGAAAGUUUCAGUUUUGAGUUUACUUUGUGUGAUUAAACUUUAGUUACAGCAGGUUAGAGACGGCGAGUUUGUGAUCGAGUAGACGCCGACGACGGAUUCGUGUUGUGAUGAUGCACUGUUUCGUUUCUUUUCUACUACUAAACCAGUUUGUGAUUUUAGGUAAGGUGUGUUUUUUGUUUUUUAAAAUCGAUUGUUUGUCUGCAGUGGAUUAUUUAUUUAGGAGAAACUUUUCAUACUGAAAGCAAACGUUUGUGGGCAGGUUACCGGUCGGGGUUGUGGAAGUGUAGAUAACCUACAGCCUCUGAGCAUGUUUUUGUUUCCCUUUGAUUCCUUUUUUAAAGUAUUUUCAGUCUGAAGUUUGUCAGAACCCUGAAGCCUGUGUACUCCAUCGCUUCACCUGAACAUCUGUACAUAAAUAAACUGAGACGUCUUU